GCAAUAGUGGUCACAUAAAAAAGCAAUCCCAUCGUGCAGCGCUUCUAAGAUGGCGCCUUACUCAAGAUUUUAAAUGUGCCAAAGUUUUAUAUUUGUCUAGAAUUAUUGCGAUCGGGUCGGAAAAAAAUAUCUGUGUAUCAUGGAUGAAGAAACAUUGAUGGUGUCGAUCCAGAAUUAUAAGGAACAGCUUUCUCAAGUGGAGGCUGCCCUUUCUGGUGGUACAGAGGGAAUGGAGGAGCUGGUCCAGCUGAAACACGACCUAGAGGAGCUCAUCACACUUUCAGAGGAGAGCUUACUGUCCAUCAAGAAGAGCAAGCUGCUUGGUAUGCUGGAGUCUCCAUCAGAUACUGCAGGUGAGACCAGUACUGCAGCAGCUGGGAGCAGCACUGAUCCUUCAACAUCUCAGGACACACAGGAGUCUAUGGACGAUGAGUUUGCAGUAUUUCAGAAAGCAAUAUCAGGAGAGGCUGGGCCUUCAGGGGCAGGAGACACAGUGUCACAGACAGCAGUGCUCCAUGGAAAUGAUUCCAGUUCCUCGGAUGAAGAGGAGAAUGACCCUGAUACUGAUAUUACCGGGAUGAAGUGCUGUGCACCCUUCACCACAGACUGGGGUGUUCUACAGUACCACAAUGCCAUCAUCCUUGGGGCAGAGCCUCCCACUCAGGAAGUGGACUUCCCAAGAGUGAGGGUGAUUUUCUGUAACCCGAUAACCAACAGCAUGCUGCCAUGCUCAUACUUUCUGGAAGGAAAAUGUAGAUUUUCUGAGGAAGACUGCAGGUUUUCGCAUGGAAACUUAGUGGCUGUGUCAGACCUAAGACAGUAUAAAGAGCUGGACUUCAGUAUUUUAGAAGAAGGAUCUCAGUGCCUUGCCAAGUACAGGAAUGGGCUGUGGUAUCCAGCAACUGUCAAGGGUUUUCAGGAGGAUGGCUACAAAGUGCAAUAUUCCUCAUACCAGGAAACAGCCGUGCUUGGUGCUGAGUCGAUUUAUCCUACAGAUGUCCUCAGCUCAUCAUCAUCCUCUGACAGUGAGAGUGAAGAAAACAGAGACAGUUCCAGCAGUGCCAGGCAACAACAAGAUGCAGAGGAAGAGGAAGACGAAGUUGCCAGAUACGUGUGGACCCCCAGUGGAGCAACAUGUGCCUUGGGAGAGUGGGAGGCUCACACCAGGGGCGUGGGGUCCAGGCUCAUGGCCAAGAUGGGCUACCAAAUAGGGAAAGGGCUGGGCAAGCGAGAACAAGGAAGAGUCGAGCCUGUGCCUAUCGUCAUUUUACCACCAGGGAAGUCGUUAGACGCCUGGGUGGAGAUCAAAGAGAAGCAGCGAGAGGGCAAGCUGCCGACUCACGACAUAGAAAAGAGAUCAAAGAAAAAGAAGAAACUAAAGCUACAUUCGUUACGAAGGGAACCAAAGCAAGAAUUCUUCGACUUCCUGAACACAAAGUUAAAGAAAGAUCACCGAGCUGCGGACUCUAAACACGGCACAAAGGAUGGAGACAGGCAGAGGUCAGGAAAGGAACUCAACGUGAAGAUGUUACAAGUUCACGAGGAGAUCAACUCCCUACAGAAAACUCUGGUCAAGUUAAAAGAACAGCAUCUAAGGAACGUCGGAAGGGACACCACAGCCGCAGCCCAGUUUCAGGCCAAAAUCUCCGCCACGGAACACCAGUUAGAGAGGCUGAGGGCGAGAGAGAAGGAGCUACAACAAGAACAAGGUGCAAGGAAAUCUCACAAGAAACUGUCGGUCUUCUGAGACAACUUGUGAGAACACUGUGUGAGAACCAACCGGACAUCGCGUCCUGAACAUUCGCAAUGCCAGAGGGUCAAAUUCUUGUCGGAAAUGUAUGGCCAACACAGACACGCCUCGGAACAAAGAGAGAAAACAUCAGAGGAAUACAAACAAGUGUCCAUCAACAAAAGAACUUGUUGUUGACACAGAAGAGCUGCGGAGAACACAGCUUCUCUCGCGGAAUGUUCUCCGACUUGACGGCACCGUGCCCUCGGAACUCACGGAAAUGACACGUGUUUUUAUGCCGGGCGAUUUUCGACGGUAGUUUCUCCUCUGAAGGGCUGAUGACAACCUCUACAGACAGUUGACAGCAGUAGAGAGCUCUCAGUCUGAACGGUUCAAUCCACUUUCGUCACACUGAAAGCCACUUCAAGUUCCUCCUGAUACCCUAGAUCUUCUCUCGGACUUGUUCCAAAGUUGAAAUCUGUCGCCCACAUUAUUUUUUACAAGUGUCACAGAUCAUGUGCCCUUUCAUUGACAACUUAACCUAUACAAUUAUAAUACCGACUUUAUGACAAAAAUCAGAAACAUUUGUCUCUAUG